AAACUCCCAGCACCAAAUCCUCCCCCAAUUUUUUUAACAUGUGAUUAUGGCGGUCCUUGAGCAAUCAAAUCACCAGCCUUCCGGAGUCCAAAGGCAAGCAGCUGAUACCAACAUCAACAGCUCCCAGAAGGCGCAAUGGAUGCGAUCCGCCAUCGAAGGGCUGCUGUUCACGGCCUCGCUUAUGAUGGGAGUCGGUGCUUUGAAGGAGGACAAAAGGGCCAUGGUCCUCUCCGGGUUCGCCGGCCUCAUUGCAGGGACUUCUAACACUGCCAUAAGAAAGUUUUUCAGAGUCUACUGGCAAGUGGGUAUAGAGGUAGCCCAGAUGAAGAGAGAGGAAUAUAAGGGAGAGGUGAAGUUGAGUAGCACGGUGCAGGUGGCUCUGCUGUCAGCUCUGGCUUUCUCAGUGGCGGCGAUGGUGCCGAUUCUGGCGGCUGCGUUUAUAACGCCAUACAAGGUGAGGUUAGCGGUGGUGGUCGGAGCGGUGAGCUUGGCGUUGAUGGUGCUUGGAGUGGUGGGUGCGAAGUUGGGGAGGGUGCCGGUGGUUAGGUCUUGUGUGAGGUUGUUGGUAGGUGGUUGGUUAGCUAUGUUUGUCACUUUUGGGUUAAUGAAGUUGUUUGAGUCUCAUGUGCUGUAAAGAUAGGUGUGCUUCUUUUCUUCUGUAGGUAUGCUUCUCUUCUUCUGCUUUUCCUCCCCUCUUUCCUUUUUUUUUUUUUUUUUUUUUUCCUUUUUCUUUUUCUUUUCUGUCUUUCUGAAGUUAGCAAGUUUGGCAUGCCAUUAGAUGGUGGAGAGUCUUGUUCAUGUAAUCUAUGAUCACCUGGGAUUAUUA